GUGUAAUGCAACAUGUAAUGCAACCAAUGUGGACAGAUGUUGCACGUUGCAGCUCUUGUUGCAAAACGUGUUCGCUCGCGAUCCGAUCAUUGUCGGUUUUUGGCGCGCCAUCAAAGGAAAUUUCAGUUGCAGUGUGGACGGCGUUUAUCGUGCAUGUGCAUUCGUACAAACUAUAUAUCCGCGCAUUUGAAAGAUGGACGAUUGGGACGAGGAAAAAGUGCUUCUCCUUAUUCAACUGUAUCGGGAAAAAGAAAACAUAUGGAAUCCCCGAAAUGAAAAUUAUAAGAAAACGCAUUUAAAGGUAGAUACCUGGAAUGAAAUUGGAGACGCUCUCGCCAGUACGGGCGAAAUUUGCAAAAAAAAAGAUGACAAGCGUUUUAUCGUCGUACAGACGUGAGAAAGCGAAAGAAACAAAUACACAUGGUACUGGAAAAGGUUCAGCGGAAGUAUACAAAAGCAGAUGGUUUGCGUAUGAUGCUCUGGCCUUUCUGAAUGAAAGAAACCAACCGCGAAAACGAUCUAAUACCGUCAUUGAUGAUGAAAAAAACGUAAACGAAACAUCGGCGGAGGGAAAGGUCGAUCAAGCAGAACCACGUUCUGCACCAAUACCACCCAAGAAGAAACGACCCACCGACCAAAAACUGGACUUAUUGAAGCAAUCAUACGGAAUAUUAAAAGCGGCCUCAGACAACGUUAAUUCACUUUCUAAUCAAAUGAGUAUUCAGAAUGAAGAGGUUCGGUAUUUUUGUGGAUUCAUUGGAAAUAAAAUGUCUAAAUAUUCAGACAUAACUAGAGCUUCAGUUCAACAUGCAAUUCACAAUAUCAUUUUUCAAGCUGACCGUGGGUUCUAUGAGGCCACCUAUACCGGAAACAUGCACUACAUGGGACCAUCUACAUCAACUACUUCAUUUGCACAACACAUACCAAAUACAUAUUCGAAUAACACGAAUUCAUUCUUUAAUCAACUACAGUCAGGACAAAUUCCCGGGCAGCAUUCUUCCACACUUCCGACACCGACAGCUGAAGUCCCCACACCAUCUCCAUGUUCAUCUUCAGUACAUUCAUACACUCAGAUCUCUGAAGAAACAUCACAAUCUGAAGAACCUCAGUUUGAAGAUUUACUCUAA